GGCGGUUGUGACCGACCACUUUCCCAUCGCACACGCGCAGAGGCGGCUCAACGGCUUUGGUGGCAUCGGUCGGGGCUACGCGCUGAACAGGCUCUUCGAAUACACGAACGAGCUGUUCCACAGGAAGGCGGUGCAAGUGGUCUUCUUUUAUAUCGCCGGCCCCCGCAAUCCGGCGGACCACUGCUCCCGCAACUUUGGGGUAGACGACGGAACCGCGUCAAUUACUUCACAUCCGGCGGACGAGUGCCUCGUUCCACUCUUAAGAACCACCUAUGGGCCAAUCUGCAAAGGACAAAGUGA